CGAAACCAUAAUAAAAAUAAAAUUGAAUUAACAUUAUUUUAUUAUCGCGAAAUAAUUUAUGUUUCCUGGCGUUGGGUUUUUAAAACUGCGGCCAGCAUCCUAAAAUAUUUUUUUUAAUUUUUUAAAUCUCUUAAAAAUUCGCGUCUGAACGUAUUUCGUCUUUUUUUCAUGUUUAUUGUUUUGGCGUGAUUGAGUGUUUGUGGUUAAAAUUAGAAUUAUAAAAAUUGAAACAUGACAGUUUGAUUGAUUGUACUGCAUAAUUGUGAUAUUUAUUAUUUAAUUUUUUUAUAAAAUACAAAUUGUGAAAUAUGACGAGCAAAGUCUUAGCAACUUCUAACACAAAUCGUUCUUCAUCACUGACCACGGCCGCCAACAAGCCUGGUCAGUCCGGCUCAGGAGGGGUCCUUAUGGUUGGCCCCAACUUCAGAGUCGGCAAAAAAAUUGGAUGUGGUAACUUCGGCGAACUCAGGAUAGGGAAGAACAUUUACAAUAAUGAACACGUUGCUAUAAAGCUUGAACCAAUGAAGUCCCGCGCACCACAGCUCCACCUGGAAUAUCGAUUCUACAAACAACUUGGACAGACUGAAGGUGUUCCCCAAGUUUUUUAUUUUGGUCCGUGUGGUAAGUACAACGCACUGGUUCUUGAACUGCUGGGACCAAGUCUCGAGGACCUGUUCGACCUUUGUGAUCGCAAAUUUUCUCUCAAAACUGUCCUCAUGCUAGCUAUCCAACUUAUAACACGCAUGGAGUACGUCCAUUCCAAGCACUUGAUAUACAGAGAUGUCAAGCCUGAAAACUUCCUAAUUGGCAGGCAGACAUCAAAAAAACGCAACAUAAUCCACAUAAUUGAUUUUGGAUUAGCCAAAGAGUACAUAGACCCAGACACUCACAAGCAUAUCCCAUACAGAGAACACAAAAGUCUGACUGGGACGGCACGGUACAUGAGUAUCAAUACGCAUCUUGGAAAAGAGCAGAGCAGGCGAGAUGACCUGGAAGCCCUCGGCCACAUGUUCAUGUACUUCUUGAGGGGCAGUCUACCAUGGCAGGGCCUGAAAGCUGACACUUUAAAAGAAAGAUAUCAAAAAAUUGGAGACACAAAGAGGGCAACACCUAUCGAAGUUCUUUGUGAAAAUUUUCCAGAGGAAUUGUCAAAGUACCUACAUUAUGUGAGAAGGUUGGAUUUCUUCGAAACUCCAGAUUAUGAUUACCUCCGAAAGCUAUUUUCUGAUCUCGUCGAUAGAAAUGGAUGGAUUUGUGAUUGGGAUUUUGAUUGGAUCGCCAGACAAAUAAAUGCUCCAACGUCAGCUGACCCGGGAAGUGCCACAGGGGACAACGUGCCCUCCUCACCAAUGAACAACAACAAGAGGAACAAUGAGAACAACAACAUCUCCAACCCACACAGCAAGUUGGCCCAUCUUCGAACGUGGACGGAAUCAAGUACCAACAGACAAUCUGGUGACAUGCUUGGGUCAAACCUGGCUAUUGCUACUCAUUUGGGAGGCUCGGUGCAGGUUGUGAGUUCAACAAACGGUGAGCUUCAGGGAGACGAUCCAACAACAGGUGGACAGUCAAACAUUCCCAUCAAUAACACACCUGAUGUCGAAGCAGCUGAGUCUGUCAAAUGUUGCUGUUUCCGUCGAAAGAGACGCAAGAAAAGGAAGAACAUCCGUCAGCAGUGAGCUGAAGACUUCAUUCAAGCUGUUUAUAUUUAUUGGUUGUUUUCAUCAAUGCAUCCAAAGUAGACGACAGGUUGUUGUUAUCGUGAAGAAAUUUUAAAAUUUGAAUAUUUUAUUUUUUUUGCUUUAAAUUUUACUUCCAAAUUGUUUUUGCUCAGUAAGUUGGGAAGGUCUUUGACAAAAUUGUGAUUUUGCAGUUAUCAAAAUGAGUCAGUCAAGCAAAA